AUGGCACCGAUCGAAAAUCCUGCUAUCCCCGAGGGUUCUAUUGUCGUCAUCACCGGCGCCAACGGCUACAUUGCCUCCCACAUUGCCGAUCAGUUCAUCAGAGCAGGCUAUGUUGUGCGCGGAACAGUUCGCAACCCCAAGAAGAGUGCCUGGCUUGUGCCUCAUUUUGAAAAGGCCUAUGGCAAGGGCAAGUUUGAGCUACAUAUCGUUCCCGAUAUGCAGGCUGAUGGUGCCUACGACGAGGCUAUCAAGGGCGCCGCGGCCUUCAUUCAUACUGCCACCGUAAUCGACUUCAAUGGCGACCCGGCCGAGGUCAUCGGGGGAGCCGUCAAGUGCGGCAUGGUUGCGAUUGAGGCGGCGUAUAACGAGCCUAACAUGAAGCGUUUCAUUCUUACUUCGUCAGCAUCGACCCUGAUGCCCCUCAAGAAGGAAAACUUCUUCGCACUAAAGGGUCAGACCGUCGAUGAGAACACCUACGGCCACGACGCAAAGGAGCUUGCCUGGGCACCGCCGCCGUGGGGUAUCGAGCAUGGUGGUGCGAUUUACGGCGCCAGUAAGAUGGAACAGGAGCAGAGUAUCUGGAAGUACUACAAGGACAACGCAUCGCGGCGUCCUGAUAUUGUAGUCAACUCGGUUGUUCCCGACUUCAACUUUGGCAGAAGUAUUGACCCUGCCAACGCCGGUGGCACUUCUUCUUUUGCUCUGAUCACCGAGCUUUUCGAGGGCAAGACUUUGGGCGAGCUUUGGCAUCUGCCUCAUUACUUCGUCGAUGUCCAGGAUGACGCCGCUCUGCAUCUGGCAGCUGCGAUUCUUCCGGAUGUCAAGGGUGAACGCAUUUUCGCUUUUGCGUUCCCGAUGCACUGGGACAUGAUCCUGGAUAUCCUGAGGAAGCAGAACCCGGGGAGAAAGUUCGCUGAUAACUUCCACAAUGACGAGUACCCGGUCACGGUAAAGCCAAUUGCCCGCGCCGAGUCGCUGCUUAGGAGGAUCGGAAGGGCUGGCUGGAUCUCGUUGGAGGAUAGCAUUGCGUCGAAUACCGAGCAUCUCAAGGAUACGAAUGGCCAUGCUAAUUAA